AUGCAUCCUGCCAAUCUCUUUGCCGGCUUCACGGUGCUGGUGGUCAUGGUUCUUGCAGUUGCAGCAGGGACGCUCCCCAGGCAGCGCUCCGACUAUCCCAUGGCCAACCUCUCGACACUGUGGGUCAACAAUAGAAACAGGCUCCCUGACAGCAUCACAUAUGACGACGGGUCUAUGGUACGCAGCAUACUCCUCUUGUCACCACAAACCUUUUAUGGCCCCUCCUUUGCCGCAGGGUUCUUCUGCACCCCACCCUGCCGAGAAUUCAUCUUCGCUGUCUUCAUUGUCUUCACCAGCAGCGGUGCUUUGUUCCCUGUAGCGGUAAACGAGGUUAUCUGGUGUGCCAACAGGGGAAGCCCCCUAGGAGAGGAUGCUACCCUUGAGCUGACUGGAGAUGGUGACCUCGUCCUCCGUGAAAAAGCCAAUGGCAGACUCGUCUGGUCGAGCGGCACUUCAGGCCGAUCCGUGCAAGGCAUGGAGAUCACUGAGAAUGGCAACCUGGUGCUGUUUGAUCAGAGGAAUGGAACAGUGUGGCAGUCAUUUGAUCAUCCAACAGACGCAUUGGUCCCAGGGCAGUCACUGCUGCAGGGCAUGAUCCUCAAAGCAAAUACCUCCCCCACAAAUUGGACUGAGAGUAAGAUAUAUAUAACUAUUCUCCAAGAUGGUGUAUAUGGCUAUGUUGAAUCCACACCACCACAACUCUACUAUAACUAUGUAGUGAGCACAAACAAGAGCAAGAGAGUUCCAACAACGGUUACCUUCACAAAUGGCUGCUUCAGCAUCUUUGUGCAGUCCACACAACCAGGAAAUCCAGAUGGCCGUAUCGCAUUGCCAGAAGCUAAGUCCAUCCAGUACAUAAGGUUAGAGCCUGACGGGCACUUGAGGUUGUACGAGUGGUCUAGUGAAGAGAAGUGGACCGUCGUGUCUGAUGUAACCAAGCUAUCCCUUGAUGAUUGUGAUUUCCCAAAAGUUGACUCCAAUAUCUUGUCAAGAAAUGCAAAACCAUCAUCUCUUGACUCUUAG